AUGGUGGAGAAAGCUUCCACGGAGGCAGGCCAUCACAUCAUGGCCUCGCCCUGCUUAGGUUCUGCUUCCUUGGGCGAGCAGCCAAGGCGACUGCUGGUUACGGGGGUCGUUUUCGGGCGGAUUGGGGAGGCCAGUGACGUCGUUGGGCGCUGCUGGAGUCGCCGAAAAAAGUGCCUCAGGAUGUCCCCUGCACCGACUCGCGCUAGCACCCUUCUGCACAUCCGGUGCAGUACAGGUACGUACUGUCGCACACUGAUUGAACCCGGACCGGCAGCGGCGCCAGGAUCUGGAUCUGAGCUGGACUGGCUUGGCUGGGCUGGAUCAUCAGUGAUCUUGGUUGGGCAGGGCCAGCGACAGCUCGCGGACUCCGUGCCGCACGACGAGCGACUCGUGUGCCACCCACCCACCCAUUUUGAGCGGCUCAUGCUGUGCAACGGCCUCCGCAUCUGCUGCGUGAGACGUGUCAGCCUGGAGGAUGCACGACACGUGAGGCAUGGGGCAGGCCUCGAAGCGUUCCCUGCGCCAGGUACAGACGGCCACUGCGCUCGAUUCCAAAGAUUCGCGGGCUGCGCUGGCCAUUGCGCCUCGAGGGGCGUGGACGCCGGAAUACCAGCUGGUUUGCCCUUGCAAUGUACGAGUAUGCGACAGCGCCAAAGCCAAAAGGUAAUGGUGGUGGUGUUGCGCCGUUGCCAGCGCCCCUGGCACGACGAAGAUCAGCGGCGCCGAGUCCGUCCUGUCUGCAGGCGGUGGCGGGCCACCGAUGGCACCCGGCCAUUCCACUGCAACCGCCGGCGUCCAGAUGGCCGUUCCAGAAAACGGGUGCCUGUUCCGCUGGCAGGUGGCUGGCCUGCUGGUCUCAGCCAUCGCGGGCAGAGAGGGUGGCAUUGUGCAACGGGGGAUUGGCUGCCCUUCGCCACGCGUGAAGGAUUUUUCUGGAGACGUCGAAGCUAUUUCCGCACCGCGGGCGAGACAUGCAACCAGGCUACAGCGACAGACAUCCUGAGAAAUGCGAGUGGGAAACCCCGGGCGUCCUGCCUGCGUUCGUUUGUUCCUUCACUGCUCGUGUUGCUUCGCGCGCCCGCCGCGCCUCUAGCGGGAGGCAGGCGGAGCAGCACCAAAUCGGAAGGGCGCUGGUCAUCGCGUCUUUCAUCAGCCAAGAAAGCGCCCGGGGGGGCAUCCUUCGCGGCUGACUUGAUCGUAAUGCGGCAUGGGGAAAUGGCGGGUGGGAGGCGUCAGAAAAUCGAAGGGUGCGGGAUCCCCGGCUGGGGUCGGGUUGGUGCAGACAGCCCAGACGAAACUGGCCGGGAGCUUAACUUGGCAGCGGCAAAAUAUGGCGAGGUAGGCAGGCAGGCAGGGAGAGGCACCUCAGUCGGAGGGAGCCCUGCUAAAUGGAACCUUCCUCGCCGACCUAGGUGA